UUGCGUUGAUUCAAUGAUUUAAAUUUUAAGCCCGUUUGUUAUAGGUAGCGUAUGAUAGCCGUAAUCGGUACAGCUGUUUUACAGGUUUCGUUGCAGCAAUAGUAAAACUGCAAAUCUGAAGCCAAAUUUGCUGCAAUGGCGUUUUAUCGUUUACCAUUCUGCUCGUCCUUCGAGGAAUUCAAUCGACACAGCUGCACUACAAAGUUUAUUGCAGGGUUAGAAGAGUGCGUUUGGGGCGCAUUGUCGGGACAGUGUCGCAACAACAUACUCGUUGUAACGUUGGUAGUGGCUUUUCUGACGCUGCUGUCAAUACUAUUCAACGUGGUGGCGAUUGCUUCUGCCCUAAACGAUCGUAGCUCAAAACAUACGACCGACUGUGAUCCAAAGAGGUCUAGACUGAUAAACACACACAUCAACUCAAAUUGGUCGAAAGCUGUAUUUCGGAUUUGGUUGGGAAUAUGCGGCUUGUUGUCUAGUUGUGUCUUGGUCCCUUUAAUCGCUGUAAGAACAUACUAUAUGCUGACAAGUCCACUUGUAUGCGACAACUCCAGCGACCCCCGACCAAACCCCGGCUCCAUGGAAUAUAUUUGCAGUGGUUUGUUUCACAUGAUUGUGUCCUUACAUAUCUACGCAAUGCUUGGUACUGUGGGAGAAAGAUGGUUUACGUUGUUGAGAAUCGACCCCGCCGAGUUUGCAGCAAAAAGAAGUAAGCCUAACUUUGUUGCUUCUGAUAGAUUGUCAAUCAAAAGGAGAGACAAUUUCCCCGAAAAGCGAAAUCCUGCACCAAGUCGUGCUCGCGGACGGGUUCCAGUCAUUAUGUAUGUGCUAAUCGCGUGCAUAUUAAGUGUGACGCUUGGGUUACUGGCAGUAUUUCUCGGCAAAGUAAGAUUUUUACUCUUUGUUGAAGAACUAAUGGCUCCAAACGUUUAUUCAAACUCAGCGCUGGUCGGGAUUGCUUUAAGUAAAUCUUUACCAAUGACAAUUUCUUAUGCUGUGCUCAUCUAUACACCGAUAUUAGGUAUGCUGGUGUUAUUAUUGCUCGUAACAUAUGGGUUGGUGGCUACAAAGAAAACGGCAAAACAAAUUACAGCUUUAAAAAACGCAAAGAAUCCAAUCUCGAAUAAGUCGGCCAUAGAGCAUUACUCUAUGGUUGAUCUUGUCCCUAUCAAAAAGUCAUCGAGCCGCAAAAUAAGAACGAAAGGAGAAUCAGAAGCAAGUUAUUCGCAUAAAGCUGAACAUUCACAGCAAGUGGUUCUGAAUUGCCAUGAAACAAGUUUAGCUGACAUUAUAAUAGACUCGAUACAAAUUGAAGAGGAACCAGGGUCCGCAUCUCGCCCUUCAAGAAUUGAAUCACUAACUCCACGCCCCCCUAGCUGGUUAAAAAAUAUGACUUUCGAAUGCAGACGUCCGGAUUCUUCACCAGUGAAAAUAAAUGAUCCCGCUACCAUUUCUACUCAAGCAAAAUCUAACUGCGUCAUUUCAAUUUUCCGUGAAAUUAAAGAAACAAGAGCCACGCUGAUAACUGUGACUACAAUGUGUAUCUUAAUAUUGCCCUUGGCCGUUCUAUUGGCACUCGACGUUGCUGGAAGUUUCAGAGAAAUAUACAGUAACAACCUUAUACAACUAACGACAACCAGACAAAGUGUUUCACAGCGAAUUCAAAAUCUUACUUUACCCACAAACCAAACCGGUUCGCCAAUCAACCAUGAUGGCUAUCACGUAAUCGGGGGCAUCUUAACGAACCUUGCUACCGUGUUCCUCUCGAUGUUUAUCAUGAGUGGAUUUAUUCAUUUUUUCAUUUACUACCUAACUUCCCCAUCUUGCAGACGAGGAUGUCGAAAAACGUUUCAAUGCAAAGCAAGAAAUGAUUCGAAAUAUACAAGUUCGGAUAAUAUGACUGCUGGUUUAACAUAUUUGACUGUAGAGCCACAGAAAAGAUCGUGGGACUUCAACAAUAGGGUUAACUCUACUGUAUACGAAACCAGUGAUGAUUGUAUGAUGGAUAUUGACGCUCGGUUCAGAAAUGAUGACAUAUAAGGAAAAACAUUGCACGAAGUUUGUAAAUAUAAUUAAAUGUUUACAAUGAUUCCCCAUACAAAACUUGUAUUAUACAUAUGUGUUAAUGUCAGUGUAUAUCUGGGUUAUGUUGACUAAAAGCAAUCGAUGUCUUGGCCAUUAAAGCUGAUGCCGAAGGACACAUUUGUUAUGACUAUUUAAGGCUGUCAAAAAUGAGUGUAAAUGCUAUAUGUGGACAAAAAAUGGGACACAUUUUCAUUUUAUUUUUCUGUCCCGGGUAGUAAACAAAGAACAUUUAAAGAAUUAUAAAACCAUAUCACCACAACUCCCAUAUACCGUUGUUAAUUGU